AUGGCGGAGUCUAUUGUUCUUUCCUUGUACAUACUUGCAGGUAUCUCUGCGUCUUUAAUUGUGAGUUUUACAAUGAAAUCAAUAGGUGUAUUUACGCCAUACCUUUCUCGAAAACUCGUUCAUAUUUCUGUUGGAGUUUCUGUUAUGAUUUUUUUCAAAUAUUUUGAGGGUUCAGACCUCAUUACUAGAUUUUGGUGUGUAUUGCCACUUUUGUUAUUCUGUGUCGUUUUCUACGUUUUCGGAUCGGGUCAUGUCAGUGGGAAGCUUGUCGACUUUAUGACAACAAGCGUAUGUAGAACUGGCAAAGCAACUGAAAUGACAAAAGGGCCAUUAUUCUAUUGUGUUGUUAUGGUCUUUUUGAUAAUUGUAUUUUGGAAAAGCUAUCCUCCUUCUGUAAUUGGGUUAAUGGUAAUGGUAACUGGCGACGGUAUAGCUGAAAUCUUUGGUAAAAUAAUACCAUCAAAAGUAUUAAAGACGCCCUGGAAUGAAACUAAAACGGUGGCUGGGGUGAUUGCCGUGUGUCUAGGAGGGACUUUAGGAAGUAUAGUUAUAUGCUAUCACGUUUUUGGUCAGUUUUAUGUCUUGCAAUCAUUUAUUUCCGCGUUGUUGGGUGCGGCAGUGGAGUUUUAUUCUCCACCAGGAUUAGAUAAUAUUUUUAUUCCUAUUCCUGCUUUACUGAUUAAUUUACCCUUCUUUUACUAUUGCUUUUGUUGUUAUCUGUUUUUGCCCAAUAAUAAAAAGUAUUGA